AAGAAAAAAAUAAAGGGACCCAGAAAAACCCUCUUUAGCGGAGAGAAAUCACAGAGAAAAGUAGCGAAAUUGAAUCUGCAGAUUUUCUCACGCAUUUUCCCAGAAACUGUUAUCUUCACUACCUGAUUCGUUCUUCAGAAGUCUGAAUUGAACGAAUUUACGAUGAGUCGUUUAGGUCAUAAAUCCGUGGUUUAUCACGGAGAUUUGCGUUUGGGGGAACUUGAUGUGAACCAUGUAUCUUCAAGUCAUGAAUUUCGAUUCCCGAACGAUGAGAUUCGAAUCCACCAUCUAUCUCCGGCUGGUGAGAGAUGUCCUCCGCUCGCGAUUCUUCAGACGAUUGCUUCUUUUGCCGUUCGAUGCAAGCUUGAGUCAUCGGCUCCGGUCAAACCUCAAGAGUUAAUGCAUCUACACGCAGUCUGUUUCCAUGAAUUGAAGACUGCUGUGGUUUUGCUCGGAGAUGAGGAGAUUCAUUUAGUGGCGAUGCCGAGUAAGGAGAAGAAGUUCCCGUGUUUUUGGUGUUUUUCGGUUCCUUCAGGUCUUUAUGAUUCCUGUUUAAGGAUGCUUAAUACUCGGUGUUUGUCAAUUGUGUUUGAUCUGGAUGAGACUUUGAUUGUUGCAAAUACCAUGAAGUCAUUUGAGGAUAGAAUCGAGGCUCUUAAAUCUUGGAUUUCACGAGAGAUGGAUCCUGUGAGGAUUAAUGGAAUGUCAGCAGAACUUAAAAGGUAUAUGGAUGAUAGGAUGCUGCUGAAGCAGUAUAUUGAUAAUGACUAUGCAUUUGAUAACGGAGUUUUGUUAAAGGCUCAACCUGAGGAGGUCCGCCCAACUUCGGAUGGACAAGAGAAAGUUUAUAGACCCGUGAUUAGAUUGCCGGAAAAGAAUACUGUGCUUACUCGAAUUAAUCCAGAGAUCCGUGACACUAGUGUGCUUGUAAAACUGAGACCAGCGUGGGAGGAGUUAAGAAGCUAUUUGACAGCCAAAACUAGGAAACGUUUUGAAGUUUACGUUUGUACCAUGGCUGAAAGAGAUUAUGCUCUGGAAAUGUGGAGACUACUUGAUCCGGAAGCACACUUGAUAAGUCUCAAGGAGCUUCGAGAUCGUAUUGUCUGCGUUAAACCAGACGCCAAGAAGUCUUUGUUAAGUGUCUUCAAUGGUGGCAUUUGCCACCCGAAAAUGGCAAUGGUCAUUGAUGACCGUAUCAAGGUUUGGGAGGACAAGGAUCAACCACGGGUUCAUGUUGUUCCUGCAUAUCUUCCUUAUUAUGCUCCACAAGCAGAGGCAUCCCUUCUCGUUCCAAUUCUCUGCGUAGCAAGAAAUGUUGCAUGCAAUGUCAGAGGUUACUUUUUCAAGGAAUUUGAUGAGAGUUUAAUGAGUAGUAUAUCUUUGGUUUACUAUGAAGAUGAUGUGGAAAAUUUACCUCCAUCACCAGAUGUGAGCAACUAUGUCGUUAUAGAGGAUCCUGGCUUUGCCUCAAAUGGAAACUUAAAUGCUCCUCCAAUGACCGAAGGAAUCUGUGGGGGUGAAGUGGAACGUAGACUAAACCAAUCGGCUGCAGCUGAUCAUUCUACUCUUCCUGCAACAAGUAACGCUGAGCAGAAACCUGAAACCCCUAAGCCGCAGAUAGCAGUUAUACCAAAUAACGCAAGCACGGCAACUGCAGCAGCACUGUUACCUUCUCAUAAACCUAGUUUGCUUGGAGCUCCUAGACGGGAUGGCUUCACUUUUUCUGAUGGUGGAAGACCCCUUAUGAUGAGGCCUGGUGUAGAUAUAAGGAACCAAAACUUUAAUCAACCGCCCAUUCUGGCUAAAAUUCCUAUGCAGCCACCUUCCUCUUCUAUGCAUUCUCAGGGUGGUUGGUUGGUAGAUGAUGAGAAUAGACCAUCUUUUCCUGGUCGACCUUCAGGAAUUUAUCCAAGUCAAUUCCCUCAUGGAAUACCUGGUUCUGCUCCUGUUGGUUCAUUCGCACACCCAUCCCACUUGAGGAGUGAAGAGGUAUCAAUGGAUGAUGACCUGAAAAGGCAAAAUCUUUCACGUCAAACAACAGAAGGUGGAUUAUCCCAGAAUCAUUUGGUGUCAAAUGGUAGAGAACAUCAUACAGAUGGUGGAAAGAGUAAUGGCGGGCAAUCUCAUUUAUUUGUGAGUGCACUACAAGAAAUUGGAAGAAGAUGUGGUUCAAAGGUGGAGUAUAGGACUGUGAUAAGUACCAACAAAGAGUUACAGUUUUCAGUUGAGGUUUUGUUCACGGGUGAGAAGAUAGGCAUUGGGAUGGGAAAAACUAAGAAAGAUGCACAUCAACAAGCGGCCGAGAAUGCUCUUCAAAGUUUGGCUGAAAAUUAUGUUGCACAUGUGGCACAUCUAUCUAGAGAAACAGAGAAAGAUCCGGAAAAUGAUAAUGGAUUUUUGUGGGAAAGCAGUGAAGAUGUAUCAAACAAAGGACUUGAAGAGGAAGCACCUAAAGAAAACAUUUCAGAGUUAGUUUUGAGAAAGUGAGUAUGAAACCUUGCACCCAAGGCUCCACCCACCUGAAUUAGGCUUUGUGUUAUGUAUAGUGAUUGUAUAUUUUUCGUCUAUGGUUUUUUGUUGUUGUUGUUGGUUCUUAAGAGCAGCAUGUGGAUUAGUUAGAAGGGAUUUAUGUAGUUUCUGAUUAGUUUGUAGCCCUAGCCCAUACUAUAUGGCUAAACAAAACUUCACAAGACCC